UUUUGGUACAGACAGAGCGUAUAGCUUACCAACAAUCUCAUCCCCAAGCGUACAACUGAGAGUCGAGGCCCGCUCUUGCGUUAGAUCUAAGGAAGAGAAGGGAAGGGAAGGGAAGGGAAGGGGGAGGCAAGCAACUAAUUACCGGCCAACCCUAAACGAACCCACACUACAAAGACGAACCACGGCACCAACCGCCAGAUCCAAUCGCACACAUCUCUCGCUGUAACUCACGCAAAUCGCGAAUUCUUCCUCCCCGCCCCCCUCCCCCGCAAAGAAGGCGAGACGAUCUAUAAUGGUGGUUGAUUGUCGGUAUUGUUGAUAUUUAUCUAUUAACGACAGCGGGGAUCGGGAGCGUUUCCGUUUCGUAUGGACAAGAAUAACAAGAACCGGACUGAUCUGCUUGCUGCUGGCCGAAAAAGGCUUCAACAAUUCCGACAGAAGAAGGAUGGGAAAAGCAGUAAACCCUCAAGUAAGGCUGGUAAAGCAGAGCAUGAUGGUGAUGCUGAUGUGGCAUCUACUGCUGCUAAACCAGCAGCAGUGUUGCAACAGGUUCCUGAAGGGGAAAUCGGUGCUGUGCAUGAUUCUGAUGGUCAGAUUGCUGAUUCAUCAGUCAAAAAUUCUAUGGAUCCUCCACUGGCGAGUGACACUGUUAUUGCCAUUUCUGAUCCUUUGUCAGUGUCAACUCUACCUGAAACAGGCACAUCUACAACAUCAUUGCCAAGCAGUGUGGACUUAUCACACGAGGAUUCGUGGGUUGAUGAAGCUGCAAAGAAGUUGAGUUCUGGCAAGGAGCAUGAUGUUGGCUCUUCAGUUAAAAGUACCUGUAAUGCUAAUAUAGAUGUUACCAAGCUUUCUUUAGGAGAGUCAGAACGGGAAGUUCCCAUUGCGGUUGAAGCUGGGAUUGAACUUGGGGCUGAUCAGGUAUCAGAUGUAGGGGCAAUUCAGGAAGCUGACUGCUUGGACUCAAAGGAAGUUGAUAACAGUGAGAUAGAGCUUGAAGGACAUGCAAGGCUUGAUUUACCAGGAUUGGGUGAAAGUGAAGAAACUCCUGCAGAAAUGGUUUCAGGGGAGAUGGCUGUGAAGGAACCUACUAUUGAAUUGGACCAAACAAAUGAGUUGAACAAUGUUUCUGCAUCUGCUGGUGGAACUGAUGAGGUGAAAGGAGGACAAAUGGAUGAGCAUUCAAUUAUAGCUCAAACUUGGCCGGAUUCACAUGGAUCCCCAACUUUAAAUCCUGAAACAGUGGUUCCAUUGAGAGAAAAUGUAGUGGCAACUUCCUUCAAUGAUUUCAAUGUUCUGGAGAUACUUAAAGAGCAAUUAUAUCUCACAAAUUUUGCAAAAGAUACAUUUCUCCUGCAACUUGAUGAACAGUCAGACCUACAAAUAGGAUUUGACCGGCAGCAUCAACAGUUGAUUAAUGAAAUUUUGAAAGCCAAUAAUUUGGUCACUGAUUUCCGUGGAAGAAAUGAAAUCCUUGCUGAAGAGCUUGCAAAGUGCAAGUCCGAGCUUCAGGUAGCUUUUUGUGCAAAGGAGGAGCUUGAAAAGCAACUUCAUACUGCAAAGGCAGAGAUUGUGGAAACAUCUACCCAAGCUGACGAGUUGCAUGUUGCACUGGAAACAUCAUACAGAAAAUUGUCAAGCCUCUCUGUGGAGUUGGAUGAGUCGAGGCCUUUGGUAGCAACUUUACAAGGUGAAAAUGAUAGUUUGAAUGGGACUCUCGCUUUAGCAGUUGAGGAGAAAAAGAGACUUGCAGAGGAGAAGGAAAGUUUUGUAUUGGAAAAUGAGAAACUGUUGAGGGAGUUAGCUGAGUGCAAAGGUUUGUUAACACUGUUGCAGGAAGAAAAUGUCAACUUGAGUGGCCGUCUUGCAUUGUCAAUAGAGGAGGGGAAGCAGCUUGACCAGGAAAAACAAAAUUUUCUGUAUGAGAAUAAUAAGCUAUCAACUGAUUUAGCUGGGUGCAAGGGUUUUUUGGAAGCCCUUCUGGUGGAAAAUGUCAGCUUAAAUGGGGGUCUCACCUUUGCUAUGGAGGAGAGGAGCAAGCUUGGAGAAGAGAGAGAUCAUUUUGUUGCUGAGAACAGGAAACUAUCAAUGGAGUUAGCAGAGAGCAAGAGCUUAAUUACAAGUUUACAGCAGGAACACAGCAAAGCUGUGGAUGGCCUAAGAGAAGCAACUUUACAUCUUGAACAACUAACUGAAGAAAAUAUCAAGUUGUCUUCUCAGUUUGGGGGAACUGCGAAUCAAGUUGAAGGUUCUGACAUGCAAGGCCAUGGUUCAGAACAUCCACCUGCUGGCCAACAGACCCUCCAGCAUCCCAAGGAGGGGCACUCUGAACUUUUUGCUCCUCAGUUAAGCAAACCCCAUGAUGUGGAUGAGUCACCAAUUCGGCAUCCUAAGUUCGAUGCCCAUGAUCCUGUAGAUUUGAUGGGACACCUAGAGGAGGCAGAGAAAAUAAUUAAGAGACUUGAAGACACAAUUGAAAAGAUGCAUGCUCACUCUCUGUCAUUGAGCACAUCAAGCGGGAAAGUGGCAGCACCAGGUGUGUCAAGACUGAUUCAAGCGUUUGAGUCAAAGACUCACUACGAUGACCAUGACACAGAAGAAGUGCCUCCUAAAAGUCCUGUGGACCCAUUUGUGUUGGCAGCCGAGCAAACCCAAUAUCUGAGGGCAGUACUGAAGGAUUUGCUUCUGGAUGCUGCUAAUGCUAGUAAAUUGUUCAAGGGGGAGAGAGAUCGUUCUGAUGCUGCACUGGGGGAGCUCAGGGUCACUUAUGAAGCUUUGAAGGAACAAACUAACUAUGCUGAAACAGAAAAUAUUGAGCUUCUUGUUCUAUAUGAAUUUAUAAGGCAACAUCUUUGUGAUAUUGAAGCAAACAAGAGUGAACUUCUGCUUAUGUAUGAAGCAGCAAAGAAACAAGGUAUUGUUCUUGAAGCACAGAAUAGCGAGCUUGUUAGAAAGCUUGGUGACUAUCAGUUGUGUAUCAGUCAAUUGGAGAGAAAAUUGGAUGAAAUGCGAUCAAGUUCAGAUGAAAUGGCUUCCUCUUUCUCUAAUCAAGUAGAAGUUCUGCAGAAGGAAGUAGCUGAGAAAACAUCAAUACUGGAUAAAGAAUGGAAUUCUACUGUCAACCAGGUUGUUCAGGCAGUUGCGAAUCUUGAAACAUUGUCUGGGAGCUCCUAUUCCUCUACCUUCUCAACUGGCAAUCACAAUGCGCUAGAUAUUGGUAUCUGUCUAGCGGUGUCUGUUGAUGCUGUAACGAAAAUGAUUGAUGAUCUGCAGGAGAAACUUGAAAGUUACAGCAAAGAUCAUGAAGCAAUGAGCAAAUCAUCUAUGCGUAUGACUGAAAAGUUCAAUGAUUUGCGUGGAAAGAAUGAAUUGGCGAUUGGCCUACUGCAAAGGAUUUAUGGGAACCUUAAGAAACUGGUAAAUGAUUCAUUUGGGCAUGUAGAACAGGGCCAAUGCAUUAAUCUUCUUGAUCCUCUAGAUCUUGAUAGUUAUGACACCCUCAUGGAACAACUGGCAGUGUUUCUGAGUGAGCGGCUGCAACUUGAAUCUGAGAAUAACAAACUUAGCUUAGAGUUGACUAAUAAGGCAAAGGAUUUGGAGGAAUUGAAGGGAAAAGGCCUUGAUUUGGAUGCCAUUGUAAAGCUGGUUGAAGAUGUAGAAGGUGCUGUUAAGCUGGGGGGCACUGGGAUUGAGUCAGAAAAACUUGAAUCACGCCUACAGUCUUUGAUCUCUCUUCUUUUUCAAAAAUACAAAGAGUUUGAUGAGCAGAUCAGCUUGUUCAGGGAUGCAAACUUUUCUAAAGAAAUGGAAUUAAGCAAACUGCAGGGACAAUUAGAUCAUCUGAGCUUCUUAAUUUUCCAGCAUGAAAAUGAAGUCCAUAUUCUUAAAGAGACUCUCAGGCAGAGUGCAGAGGAUCUUGUUGCCGUUCAGUUUGAGUUACAGAACAAAGUAAAUGAACUUGAACAGUCAGAGCAGAGGGUAUCUUCUAUCAGAGAGAAGCUAAGUAUAGCUGUUUCAAAGGGAAAAGGUUUGAUUGUGCAGCGCGAUAAUCUCAAGCAAUCUCUGGCAGAGACAUCUAGUGAACUGGAGAAAUGCUCACAGGAGUUACAGUUGAAAGAUGCCAAGCUUCGGGAAAUUGAGACAAAACUUAAGACCUAUUCAGAGGCUGGUGAGCGUGUGGAAGCUUUGGAAUCUGAGCUCUCAUACAUUCGCAACUCUGCUACUGCAUUAAGAGAAUCUUUCCUUCUCAAAGAUUCUGUACUUCAGAGAAUAGAAGAGAUUCUAGAGGACCUAGAGCUGCCUGAGCACUUCCAUUCCAGAGAUAUAAUUGAAAAGGUGGAUUGGCUAGCACAGUCUGUUGCUGGCAACUCUAUGCCUAUUGCUAAUUGGGAGCAGAAAAGUUCUGUAGAAGGGGGAUCAUAUUCUGAUACUGGUUUGGUACCCAUGGAUGCCUGGAAAGAAGACUUGCAGCUGAACUCGAACUUCGGUGAUGAUCUGAGAACAAAAUAUGAGGAGCUUCAAAAUAAGUACUAUAGCUUGGCUGAACAAAAUGAAAUGCUGGAACAAUCUUUAAUGGAGAGGAACAAUCUUGUGCAGCGGUGGGAAGAGAUAUUAGAGAGGAUAAAUAUGCCUUUGCAGUUGCGAACCAUGGAGCCAGAGGAUAGGAUUGAGUGGUUGGGAACUGCACUUUCUGAGGCUCAUCACCAUUGUAAUUCUCUACAGCAGAAGGUUGAUAAUUUCGAAACACAUCAUGCAUCACUAACUGCUGAUCUGGAAGUGUCACAAAAGAGGGCUUCUGAACUUGAGACUGAUCUUCAAGCUGCCAUUCAUGAGAAAGAACAUCUCUCUGGUAGUUUGGAGAUUCUAAGUCAUGAUUAUGAUAAGGUCUCAGAGAAGUUAGUUCACUUAGAACUUGAGAAUGAUAAGCUGCAGAAUGUCGUAAAUGAUUUGCAAGAAAAAUUGAUUGAGAAAGUCAGGUAUCAGGACCAUAUUGAGUAUAUUGAAGGUGAGCUUAGAAGAUUGGAGGAUUUGGUUAGUGAUGUACUUCAGGAUUCUAUUCCCGAGGAGGUUUCUGGUAGUAGUAGUACCGAGUGUUUGGAACGACUUCUGCGGAAGCUUGUAGAAAAGCACAUGGCUCUUUCCUUGCAGAAAUCAGUUCCUGCUGACUCAGGUGGUGAGCAAAGUGCAGAAGAGGGUGACACUAUUCAGGACAAGAAGAGAGAUUUAGAGGAUUCAAAGGAGCAGGAUAUUUCAGUUUUAAGGAAAGAACUGGAGGAGGCUUUGAGUGAUUUGAUGUGGGUGAAGGAUGAGAGAGAUAGAUAUAUGGACAAAAACCAAGCUUUGAUCCGUGAAGUUGACACACUUGAAGCAAGGAGGCAAGAAUUACAAGAUCUACUUUGUCAGGAGGAGCAGAAGUCAGCUUCUGUGAAAGAGAAGUUAAAUGUUGCAGUUAGAAAAGGAAAAUCAUUGGUUCAACAACGUGAUAAUUUGAAACAAACCCUUGGUGAGUUGAACAAUGAGGUGGAAUGCCUGAAAUCCAAGAAUAACUACCAGGAAACUUGUCUCUCAGAUUACGAACACAAGGUCAAGGAUUUAUCCAUGUACCGGGAAAGGGUUGAAGUGCUUGAAUCAGAGGAUGUGUUAUUGAGAAAUCGUUUGGCAGAAGCUGAAUACUUUUUGCAAGAGAAAACUCAUGCUCUUAGCUUGGUUUUGAAUACAUUGGAUGGCAUUGAUACUGGUUUUCAGUUCAAUGUCAGUGACCCUGUUGAGAAGUUGGAACAAAUUGGGAAACAAUUUCAUUAUCUACGUGAAGCUGUCACUUCCUCCGAACAUGAUUCAAGGAAAUCUAAAAGAGCAGCUGAGCUACUACUUGCAGAAUUAAAUGAGGUUCAAGAAAGAUAUGAUGGACUGCAGGAGGAGCUUGCUAAAGCUUCUUAUGAAACUACACAACUCUCCAAGGAAAUUGAUUUAGCUGAAGCUGCCAAACGUGAAGCUUUUUCACAAGUUGAAAAGUUAUCUACUGUUCACUCUGAGGAAAGAGAUAAACAACUUGCUGAGUUGACGAUGUUGAUGCCCAAUCUUGAUCAACUGAGAAUUGUUUUCUUUGAUGUUAGUGCUCUUCUUGGUAAUGUCCUCUCCCAGGACUGGGAAUAUCUCAAAAAUCUAGAGGGAUUUAUGAUGUCAAGUCUGGAAAGUAAUCCGGGUGCUCUACCCCGUAGUGGUCCUGGUAGCAUUGUUUCUAUAAAUGCACCACGCAAGGAGAAGUUCUUGGCUACAAAAUCUUUAUUGGACUCAAGGAUACAAGAGCACAUCGAUGGCAAUACUUUUGUUGAAAUUUGUAGUCUUCUUCGGCAUCAACUUCAAGAUUUCACUAAAGGAAUUGGUGCUCUAAAAGAAGAACUACACAAUCACUCAAUUGCCUUGGAUGAAGGAGCUAAACAUGUUUUUGAAAUAGCAGGUAUUUUUCAGAGAGAAAUGAUGUCCCAGAAACAGUCCUUUCAGUCCAUGAAGGAUGACAUAAUACGAUUGGAGUCCAUGAAUAAAGAGAAGGAUACUGAAAAUGUGGUUAUGCGUAAGAACAUUUCUUUGCUUUAUGAAGCCUGUAGUAGUUCAGUUAUGGAAAUUGAAAAUUGGAAAGCCGAGUUUGUUGGAAAUGGUUUGACUGUCACAAAUCUGGGGGUUAAUUCAGAUUCUUCAGUCUCAGCGGAUGGAGGGAUUUUUUCUGGCUCACAAUCUCUUUUGUCAUCAGAAGAAUAUAUUGGGACUAUGACAGAGAGAUUGCUAGCCAGUGUUAAGGACUUUACUUCUAUUCAAGUUAAAACUAUAGAAGGUGGUCAAAAGGAAUUGAAGACAACAAUUUCAAAUUUGCAAAUGGAGCUUCAGGAGAAGGAAAUCCAAAAAGACAGAAUAUGUGUGGAGCUUGUCAGUCAGAUUAAGGAAGCAAAAGCUGCUACAAAGAGUCACUUGCAGGACCUCCAGUCUGCAAAGGUUCAUCUGCAUGAUUUAGAGAAGCGGCUGCAAUCAGUGGAGGAAGAGCGUUACACAUUGGAACAGAAAGUGAAGGAUCUGCAAGAUGGUGAGGCUGCCUUGAGAUACUCGGAGGAUAGAGUUAGAUCACUGAAUGAUGUGCUGGCUGCCAAGGACCAAGAAAUUGAGGCACUGAUGCAAGCACUUGAUGAGGAGGAGACCCAGAUGGAGGACCUGAAAAACAAGAAUGAGGAACUGGAAAGAAUUUUACAACAAAAAAACAUGGAUGUGGAAAACCUUGAAGCUUCUUGUGGAAAGGCUAUGAAAAAGCUUUCCACCACUGUGAGCAAGUUUGAUGAACUUCAUCAUCUUUCUGCUGGCCUCCUUUCUGAGGUUGAGAAGCUUCAGUUGCAGUUACAAGAACGAAAUGAAGAAAUCUCUUUCUUGAGGCAAGAGGUUACACGGUGUUCCAAUGAUGCUCUAGUUGCAUCCCAGAUGAGCAACAAAAGAAAUUCAGAUGAGAUCUGUGAUUUGUUGACAUGGUUGGAUACAAUGAGCUCUGCGGUGCAGGUACAUGAUGUGCAUCUUGAUGAUGAGAAAAAGGACCAGGUUCAUGAAUAUAAAGAAAUCUUUCAGAAGCGUAUUGAGUUGCUGGUGUCCGAGUUGGAGAACUUAAGGGCAGUGGUAAAGAGCAGAGAUAUGUUGUUGCAAGCAGAGAGAAGUAGAGUAGAAGAGUUAACACUCAAAGGAGAAUCCCUUGAGAAUUCCUUACGGGAGAAGGAGUCUCAAUUAAUCCAGAUUCAAGGAGUGGGAGACUCAGGACAGACAGGAGGCACGGCUUCUGAAAUUGUGGAAGUUGAACCAGUGAUAAACAAGUGGGCACUGCCAGGGACCUCCAUUACACCUCAAGUUCGCAGUUUGCGCAAGGGCAAUAAUGAUCAAGUUGCCAUUGCCAUAGAUAUGGAUCAGGGUAGUGGUGGUAGAUUAGAGGAUGAAGAUGAUGAUAAAGCUCAUGGGUUCAAGUCUCUCACUACAUCAAGAAUAGUGCCAAGACUCAUGAGACCUGUAACAGAUAUGGUCGAUGGCCUAUGGGUUUCUUGUGAUCGGACACUAAUGCGACAGCCUGCUUUACGGCUUGGUCUCAUUAUCUAUUGGGCUGUUCUGCAUUCUCUUCUUGCAACUUUUGUAGUUUGAGAUAGAACUGGUUUCCGGGCGAGAUGGGUUUUGACACCAUGGCGUCUAUUACAGUUGCCUGGAGCAUGCUUUUACAAUCACCAGCAUUUUAUGUUAAAGAGUUAGAUGCGAUCAGAUUAAUUUGUUGUCCAUCUCAACCAUGCUACUGCGGUUUCCCCCUUUUUUUUUUUAUAGUUGUAAAUCGCAAAUUGCUUGGUUGCCAUCCAAUAAGCAAAAGCAAAAAGCCUUCACCCUCACACAAAACAUUAGAUUGAGUAUUGUUUUAGUGAACUCAAACCAAACAUUGUACAUUGUUGCGUUUCCAUUGCUUGUGAGUCUUCAGAAGCGUGAAGCUUUUAUAGAAAUGUAGCCUUCCCGUCCAAAAUUUUGCAGCUUACAAGGGUGUUCUUCUUCGGCUAUAUUUUGUUGAAAAA